GGGAAUGCAGAGGGGCAGGGCUAUUUAAGCCCGGGCAGUGGCAGGCAACCCCAGCAGCCUGCCUGCAAGCCGCCAGCAUGGAUGACAUCUACAAGGCUGCGGUAGAGCAACUAACGGAAGAGCAGAAAAAUGAGUUCAAGGCAGCCUUUGACAUCUUCGUGCUGGGCGCCGAGGACGGCUGCAUCAGCACCAAGGAGCUGGGGAAGGUGAUGAGGAUGCUAGGCCAGAACCCCACACCCGAGGAGCUGCAGGAGAUGAUCGACGAGGUGGAUGAGGAUGGCAGCGGCACGGUGGACUUUGAGGAGUUCCUGGUCAUGAUGGUCCGCUGCAUGAAGGAUGACAGCAAAGGGAAGUCUGAGGAGGAGCUGUCUGACCUCUUCCGCAUGUUUGACAAAAACGCUGACGGCUACAUCGACCUGGAUGAGCUGAAGGUGAUGCUGCAGGCCACAGGCGAGACCAUCACGGAGGACGACAUCGAGGAGCUCAUGAAGGACGGCGACAAGAACAACGAUGGCCGCAUCGACUACGAUGAGUUCCUGGAGUUCAUGAAGGGGGUGGAGUAGACGCCAGUCCUCGCCUGGAGCUGCCUAGGCCGCCUUCCAAGUCCAGCUGGGCCCUGGGGUGGGGGCCAGGGGCUGGGGCCUCCAGGACUUGAGCCUGGAGUGUCCCCAUAGGCCCUCCCGACUGCCCUUGCGGCCUGUCCUAGGGGAUGCAAAUAAAGCCCUGCUCCAGAG